GGCACCCCGCGCGGAGCGCCCGCCCGCGAGGCGCGGCCCCGCGCAGGCCGGCAUGGCCCGAGGGGCGCUGGCCGCGCUGCUCGUGCUGCGGCUCGCGGACUCCGCGGUCGUCGAGUACGAGUUCAACGUGACGUACUUUGAGGUUGAUCCUGAUCACCACGGCGUCACGUGGGUGCAGGGCGUCAACGGCAUGCUCCCGGGGCCGGAGGUGCGCGUGAAGCGUUACGACCGCUUGAGGGUAAGAGUCAACAACCAGCUCGGGACCGAGGACCUGUCAGUACACUGGCACGGUUUCGAGAUGCGCGGGGCCCAGGAGUAUGACGGUGCGAUGGGCCUCACGCAGUGCGGCAUCCGCCCAGGCACGUCAUUCACGUACGACUUUGUGGUCGACGAGCACCCAGGGACGUACCAGUACCAUGAGCAUGCUCACCUCGAGCACGUCGCAGCGCGUGGCAUGUUUGGGUCUUUGAUCGUGGAGCCGGAAGAGGGCGCAUCCGAGCCAUGGCAAUUCGACAACGAGGCCACACUUAUGCUCAUGGAUUGGUGGCGAAAGUCCAACCACGACCUCGAGAGAUCGAAGCAGGCCCGCAUUUCACGCCCAGGCACCGUCAGCGCAAUCGGCAACGGCGUAGGCCUUCUGCCUUUCCACAAUCUCCUCAUCAACGGCAUGGGUGCUUUCAAUGUCUUCGGCAUCAAGGACGGGCUGACUCCUGGGUAUGUUACAGCCGACACUCACGUCACCGAGCUCGCCCACAUCCAGCCCGCGGCUGGCGAGACGUGGCGGUUGCGCAUCAUCAACGGAGGUGCGCUGUUCGCCAUGAGGUUUCGGAUCGACGGGCACAAACUCCGCAUUGUCCAAACAGACGGCGGCGACGUCGAGGAGACGAGCGUUGACGCGGUAUCCAUGAGUUCUGGAGAGCGUUUCGAUGUGUUGGUGACGUUUGAUCAGCCUGCCGGGAGCUACUGGAUGCGCGCAGAGACGCUGGAGGAGGGCCCCGGGCUGCACCACGGCCAGCUCGGGGUCGUGCGGUACCAGGGCACCCCAGAGGGAGUGCUGCCCACCUUGGGCUUCCCGUUGUCGCACAAGAUCCAGGACGCCCCACAGCUGGUGACCAUGAACUGCAUCGACCAGGCGGAGCUCUCGGACACCUGCAGGAGCAUCACGGACCUCCGACGGCACGCCGCCACGCCGUCCAUGGCGGGGACCAGCGCCGACCCCACGCACGACUUCGAGAUCAGCAUGCGGGGCUUCACGGGCGAGGCGAGCGCGCACUUCACCCGCCUGAUCGACCUCACGCUGCAGGGCAACGGCAUCGGGGAGAACCAGCACGGGGGCGAGUUCGUCCAGUUUCACGCGCCGAUCGUGCCGUACUCGCACGUCAACGGGACGGAAGGCGGGCACCACAAGAACACCCUCGCGAUGAACGUGCAGAAGGACGAGAUCGUGCGCGUCGUCAUCCAGCUUCAAGAUCGGGCGGCGCACCCGUGGCACCUCCACGGGCACAAGUUCGCGGUCCUGGGCGUCGGCUUCCCGAACUACACCGCGCAGUGUGACGUGCUGUUCUGCCGGAGUGCCAACAACCACUGGAUCUCCCGCGACGGCUUCCCGGACCUCCUCGACCCCGAGGAGGCCCCUCUCAAGGACACGGUGCACGUGCCUGCUGGCGGUUGGGUGGUAUUGCAGUUUAAGGUCGGAGGCUGGUGGUUUUUUCAUUGCCACAUGCUGGUGCACGUCCACGACGGCAUGGGCCUCGUGCUGAUCGAGGCGCCAGAAGAUGCACCGUCGCGGUUGACGGACUUGGCCUAUCUGGAGGAGAGGGGAAUGCCGUCUUGUAGCCACGGGCUCCACAAGCUCGAGAAGGAGGGCGGCGGGUUGAGCUGCAGCUGUUGGGAGAACCCAGAGAUGAAGCUUGACAACCUGCCGCGGGGCACUUACCGGUGCUCGCAGCCCUACCUUUGCGGCCACGAGCUGAUCUUGGAGGAGGAGCCACAGGCCACCUUCCGGCGUGGUCGGCGAGCCCGGGAGGAAGGCCGCGGCUGGCGGCUUGCCAUGUUGGCCUGCUGGGUGGGGUUGGUCUUCGCUCUCUUCCUGUCGAAGUGGCUGCUGCGCUGGCGCAGGAGCGAGAGGGCCCUGGAUCUGCUGGAGAUGGUCGAAGAGCUGAGGUUCGGCGAGGGCGACAAGCUGAACGACCUCGUCGCCAAGAUCGUGGUGGAAUCCUCCAAGCGACCCUCCGUGCUGACCGACGGCAGCCUCGAGGCCGCUCGGGGCGAGCCCGGCGACGCUGGGCCCCGCCAGCGCGCGGGCUCGGUCGCCUCCGUCUCCAGCUUCGAGGACAUGCUCACCAGCCUGCCCUCCUCCGGCCUGCCCGUGUACUUCGACGCCUCCAUCCGCAGCGGCCCCGACCAGCUCUACGGCCUCGGCCUGCAGGAGGCGCCCUCCGUCGCGGGCCUGCUGCCGCCGGGCUCCGUGCUGGCGCUGCUGGGGCCCUCGGGCGACACCGAGCCGUGGCUGCGCUUCCUCGCGGGGCGCAGGCAGCACGGCCGGGUGCGAGUCGCCGGCGGCCUGCAGCUGGGCGGCGAGCCCGUGGCCGCGUGGAGCCGUCGCUCCCUGCGCCAGGCCCGGGGCUACAGCCG